AUGUUCAGCCAGACUGGAGCUGGAGCGGCUGCAGUGGUUCAGCUCCUUUUCCUCUUUUCCCUUCCCUCUCCCACCUCGCCAGCUCUGCACCGCACACCUGCUUCUCUCCUACACCCAAACCUGCCCCACUGCAUGUGCCCCAACACUCCGCACUUGCUUCUCCUAUUCCAACGCCUGCUCACCGAGUCUUUCUCCCUACAGGCGCUGCACUGCUCCCCCCUAACUCGCCCCGCUCCACCUCCUCCAACCCAUCCCACAUCUUACCACCAGCUCUGCCGUCGCACCCGUGACUCCCACGCCAAUGUCUGCCCCACGUUUUCCUGCCUCUACAGUGGCGCCGCACUGCUCUCACCCAGGCUCUGCCCCUUACUCUCCCAUUGCCACCUCCCUUCGCCCUUCCCCCGUCUUCCGUCCAGCUUUGCCUCCGCACCUGCUUCCCCUGCACCAACUUAUGCCCCACCAACUCCCACACCUACAAAUCUGGCGCGUUGUUCACCCCCGCAGAGGCUGCAGGCGAAGGUGAGUGAGGCUGCUGGGUGCGCCGUGGCGGUUUCCUUUCCCAAGGACAAGUGGGGGGAGAAGGAGGUGCAAGCUGCGCAGGAAGUGGGCUGA